CGCGACGCGUGUCGGUUCGAUCUCAUCGGCUCGCCUGCAAUCUCCAGUCAUCCCUCUACAGUCAGCCUACUUGCCAGUCGGGACGCGACUUGACGGCGUUGGCGGCCAUAUCGUAGCAGCAGGUGCCAUGGUUGACCCUCGUGCAUCGUGCGUACUGACGCGAUAUGUCGCUGAGGCGACUCUGAUGGCACAAACCGGUUCCAUGCCCAGGAUGGAGGAGGCCGGGAGGAGGUCUCAGACAGACUGCCACCCCGGGAUUGGACAGCAUGAUGUGUUCGUCCGAUGUGCCGAAGCAACGGUAAUCUGGAGACCAAGCAAGCCGUGAUCGUACAAAAUUGGCUAUACAACAUGGACUCGCCGACCGUGAUUCCCUCUCCCCCCGGCCAGGUAUAUAUACCGCCACCUGACCCAUACGCUCCGAGUCCCUACCAACCUCCUCGUUCUGGUCUACUGCCGUCUCUCUUUCUUUUCUUCACUUCCAGUUGACAGAAUGGGUCUUCUUUUCAGUGUCCUGCGCGUUGUCGCGCUUCUUGGUACGGCAUACGUGCUCUUCAAUGUUUUGAAGAACUACUUCGGCCGCUCGCCCCUCGACAACAUCCCUGGUCCCCCGUCAGGCCAUUGGCUCAAUGGGAACCUGGGGCAACUCUUUAAUCGUGCUGGUUGGGACUUCAACUAUGAGAUAGGCCUCAACUACGGGCCUGUCUUGAAACUAUAUGGCUCGUUGGGGACCAGGCAGCUCUUCGUAUUCGAUCCUGCCGCUCUCUCUAGCAUCAUCGUCAAGGAUCAAUACAUAUAUGAGGAGGCUCCCGAGUUCCUUGCCUCGAUGCACUGCAUGCUAGGCGACGGUCUGCUCGCUACCCUUGGCGAACGUCACCGCAAACAACGUCGGCUCUUGAAUCCCGUGUUCUCCAUCGCGCACAUGCGACACAUGCUCCCCAUAUUCUAUAGCAUAACGAGCAAGCUCCAGGAAGCCAUUACCGUGCGGGUCAAGGCCGGCCAAGACGAAAUUGACAUCCUUGACUGGAUGGGCCGCACCGCACUUGAGCUCGUCGGUCAGGCUGGCCUAGGAUGGUCCUUUGACCCACUCGUCAAGGACACGGUGGACCACAAUCUGGGCACCGCCGUCAAGGCUAUUGUCCCGACUACCUUCCCUCUCCGUCUCUUCCGUCCUCUCCUCCCUCUCGCUACGAAGAUUGGCUCCCCGGCCUUCCAGCGCAAAAUGAUUGACCUCAUCCCGAGCGCGAAGCUCAGACGCGCGAAGCAGAUAUCUGACGAGAUCCAGAACCACUCGCGCAUCAUCUUCGAGGAGAAGAAGCGGGCGAUGCGCGAGGGAGACGAGGCCGUCACGCAUCAGAUCGGUGAGGGCAAGGACAUCAUGAGCAAACUCAUGCAAGCGAACAUGAGUGCUUCGGAGGAAGACAAGCUGCCUGAGGACGAGCUGCUCGGGCAGAUGGCCACGUUUAUCUUCGCCGGCAUGGACACGACCUCGAACGCGCUCGCACGCACACUCGAUCUUCUCUCCAAGCACCCGGACGUCCAAAACAAGCUCCGUGAAGAAGUCCUCGAGGCCGUCCGCGAGCACGGCCCCGAGAUCCCGUACGACGUCCUCGUCGAGCUGCCCUACAUGGACGCCAUCUGCCGUGAAACCCUCCGUCUAUACGCACCCGUCCCAUACUUGAUCCGGAAGACGCGCGAGGACAUCGUGAUGCCCCUCUCAGCACCGAUCCGCGGCGUCGACGGUACGCUUAUCAACGAGGUUCCCGUGCCCGAAGGCACGGUCGUCCACAUCGGCAUCCUCGCGUCGAACCGCAACCCGGCACUGUGGGGCCCCGACGCCGCGGAGUGGAAGCCCGAGCGCUGGCUGAACCCCCUGCCCGAGGUCGUGAAGGAGGCGCACAUCCCCGGCGUGUACUCGCACCUGAUGACCUUCUUGGGCGGCGGACGCGCGUGCAUCGGGUUCAAGUUCUCGCAGCUGGAGAUGAAGAUCGUCCUGUCCGUGCUCCUAGCGAACUUCACCUUCGCGCCGUCUGGCAAGGAGAUAUUCUGGAACGUGGCUGGUAUCCAGUACCCGACCGUCGGCAUGAGCCCCGUACCCGAGAUGCCAAUGAAGGUUGGGCUUGUCAAGGCUUGAAGCUUGAGGUGCGGAAGGUUACGGAUACACGGGAGGGACAAUUCUCACUGCGGAGUCGUUUAUGGAUCUCUCAACUGUUACAAGAGCGACUACAUAUCUUCGCUCGGCCAUAUAUUUCACAUUCUGAUUUCUGGUAUACUGAUUUGAUACGUCUCAGUGGCUUUACGCACGACAUUGCCUCAAGUUCUGUCAAGUUCCACUGUUCCACCCAACGGUGUGCACCAGCUAGCAUGCGUUCAGCUCGCGGGUGGGACAGUGAAGGAGCCUUGUACCCGUUUCCUCAGAGUGGAUAUGCCUGUCAUAUCAUGACAUUUGCUUCUACGAGACCUAAGCGUGUCCUCGAGG